UCCGUAUUGAAGAAUUGUUUGUUUUUUUUUUCUUCUUCAUCAACAGGUUAUUCAGCUUUUCAACAGUACUAUCACUUUCACUCACCUAAGGGUAUAUAUAUAAUCGAGAAGAUAAAUAUAUAUAUAUACACCGCAGCUGAUUUUUAAACCUAUCCCUUGACGCCACCCAACGCAUUGUCAGGUUCCGAAAACACAGAAGCUAAUUCAAGCAUCUACGUUCCCGAAAGCUACGAAGAAUUCAUGGCAUCCAUUACCGUAUUACCUCCUUUGAAGAGGACCAUAACUGACAUUAUGGAAGAAGAUUUAUAUCAUUUACCAAAUUCCCCGAUCCACUUGCAGAGCAGUGGCGGUGGCGCUAGUGGCGUUGCCACUGGUUUAAACGCCACCGGAUCCUUUGCCCGCCCAGAUUCUCCUAGGUUGGCAACUAGACAUAACUCUAUCGGAUCAUCGACCAACUUUGCCCCAUCCAUGCCCUCCCUUACUAAUGCCCAACUUUCCAACUUGCUUAAUAUCCCAGAUUCGUUUGUGGAGCAAUAUACUCGAUUAUCCAACACUGUACCAUACACAGCUGAUCCGGUAUCAUUCGAUGUAGAUCAACAACAACAGCAGCAUUUAAAUCAAGAGCAUCAGUCAUAUAAUUCGGUGAAGUCACCCUUUGCCGAUUAUGCCAACCCUGACUCUCUUAAUUCACAAUACAUUGCCGCAUUUGCUGCUGGUUCAGCUCCUACCGGUCCACAAGGAGCUAAUUCGCAUAAUAACACAUCAUCUAAUCCAUUUUCCAGAAGGAGGCGACUCACAACACUUGAAUCGCAUUCUAAUGAAAAGCCCAUUAGAGAUGAAGAUUAUUAUCUUUUUAAUACCGACAUACAACCAUCUCAUUUAGUAACUAGAGCCGAUGGAGAUCAUACGAAUGAUGAUUAUGUUUGUUUAAAUUCUCCAUUAUAUGUACCACCAACUACAGCACAAGACAUUCCUAUCCCAGGAUUUGAAAAUGAUUAUCUCAUGAUGUCUGGAGCUGAAGAUUUCGAAGAAGAAAUUGAAGAAGAUACAUCUGAUGAAGAAGAUGAUAAUUAUUUUCAUGAUGAUUUUGAUGAUAUGUUUUUAUCAAAGGAUAAUGAAUUUAUGGAUACGGACACUUUUUUCAACAAUAAUAAUCAAAAUGUGAUGGGAGGACCUGAAAUGAUUGACAAUUUGGAGUCCACUCCAUCCAUGAUACCACAAGAUGUUACUUCUCCAAUGGGAUCUCAAGAAUACCCUACUAUAGUAAAUAAUGAUGAACAAGACCAUAAUAUGAUUAUUGAUGAAUCUGAAGAAAUAGAAGAUGAUGAUACUCAAGAGAGAAGUUCUUUUAGUUCUGUCUCCACUCAAGUAACAACUCCUUCUUCAAGAGAUAAUGAUCAAUAUUUGAAUAAGAGUAAGGAUUAUGAACAAUAUGAUCAGUAUGAAUCGCAUAUUAGUCAUACUGUUGCUGAAAUAACCGCCAAUAACCCAAAUCAUCAAUGUGACUUGAUAAAUCCAUCUACUGGAAAACCUUGUAGUAAGCAAUUCUCAAGGCCGUAUGAUUUAAUUAGACAUCAAGAAACUAUACAUGCAACAAAGAAGAAAAUUUUCAGAUGUGUUAUUUGUGAAGGAAGAGUUAAUGGUGGUUUAGGUAAUGGUAAGCAAAAGACUUUCUCUAGAGGUGAUGCUUUAUCUAGACAUAUCAAAGUUAAACAUGGUUUGGUUGGUAAGGAAGCUUUAGAAUUGAUAAACGAAGCCAAGGCCAACGUAGAGUUUGUUUCUGUUUAAUUUUGGAUUUAAUUUUUUAUUUAUCUAUAUAUAUAUAUAUAUCAUUAUGUUUAUGAAAUUUAGAAAGUAUCCUUUCA